CAGCGCCUCCCGGCGGCUGUGUGGUGUACUGCGCUGGCUGUGGUGGACACAGAGCUGAACUUUGUGACGCUGUUCUACGUCUCAGCGCAGCCGCCGCUGCUGUUUCCACGUCGUGAGGUUCGUGUCUUUAAUCCCUGAGUCUGUUCUUCUGCUGUUUAAUGUGCAGAAAUCCGUGUUAGCCUGCUAGCCGCCCGGUGUUAGCAGCAGCCCGGUGUUAGCGGCAGUCCGGUGAGGAGCGGGAGGAGGAGCAGAAGCAGAAGGCCCGGGGUCCGCAGAGUCGCAGCCCUGCAUUCCAAAAGAGAAGAAGAAUAUCUCACCAUGAGCUCAGACGAUGGUGACUUGGAGAACCAGGCUGAGUUGGAGGAGAAGACCAAGCUCAUCAGUCAGGUGUUAGAACUUCAGCACACUUUAGAGGACCUGUCUGCUCGAGUGGACGGCGUCAAAGAGGAGAACCUGAAGCUGAAGUCAGAGAACCAGGUUCUGGGUCAGUACAUUGAGAACCUGAUGUCUGCCUCCAGUGUCUUCCAGACGACCGAAACCAAGAGCAAGCGCAAGUGAAAUCCAUCAGAACAUGGCAGCCUCUAUAAGUGGACUUGAAUACCAACAUUACUCACGUUAUACAUGUUCUGACUCAGCUGGAGUCACUGUGUCAUUACCUUAAUCCAAACACUAGGGAGCAGUGUUGUGUCAAACCAGAAUGCAGGUGAACUAAAUGGAAAUCCACAACUGGAGCCUUAAUUAAUGCAGCUCAGCCAACAUGUGCGGCACAGGGUUUUUAUAAAGACGAUACUCCAGAAUGCUCUCAUAUGUUUCAUUUUUGUGAGCAGCAGCAGCUCCUGUCUUGACCUCACUGAGAGCGCCACCACGAUGUGGACGCUGCUUAAAGGACUCAACAUUAAGUUAAACAUGAUUAAAAAAACAUUGAUCAUUUGUAGCAUGUUGAUCAUAAACUUUAGUACAAAACCUAUUAAAAUCCAGACGAGUCCAUUCUAACGGCUAAUUCUGUUUUUUUGUGCAGACUUAAUCUCCUCAGAUUCAGUUUAAAGAAACUGAACAUAAACAGUUCAGUGUUUACAGGGACAACGUUGUUUGUGUGUAGUUUUAUAUUUUUACAUUUAAUCAUACAUCAUACAUAAAUGAUUUAAUAUUUUUAGUCAUUUCAGCACAACGUCACUUUCUGUUGUGAAUAAGUUCACAAACAAGAACUUUGUGUAUUUAUUUACCCUUUUAAAUAAUCACUGAUUAACAUGUGUUUAAAGUGUAAAUGUUGCAUUUUUAUUUGAAAUGAUUUGAGGUGAAUAAAGUGAUCUUUUUGA